ACAUUUAUAUUGCAGACAUUUUCACAGGCAAUAAGAUUUAAUGUGGACUUUGGAGUUUUUGAAGUGAUUAACGAUGCUCCACAACUUCUGGAAAAGCAACUGAAAAAAAUUCUACAAAGUCAGCAACCUCGAAAUCCCAUCUAUGAUGUAGUAAGGAAAGGAAAGAAUGAUGUUAAACCCAUUCACAUGAGUGUCCCCAGUGAAGAUGAGACUAUUAAUGUCAACUACAAUAUUAUGUGUCUCAAUCGUGAACAAGGUAUUAAGUGGAUCAAAAAACAAAGACUUCCAGCAUUUCUAGAAAGUGAUUGCUACUUUGAAUACAGGUUAGCCAAGUUAGUCUCACAAGUAAGAUGGAGCCAGUCAGGUAUGACUUUCACACUUGGUGCAGAUACUUCUCCUUGGAUCAUGAGAAAACUGCCUACUCCGCCGCCUCCUCAGGAUGAAGAAGACGAUCUCCUGGUUCUGAAAAAGUUCUAUAUUUCUCUUGGCGAGGCUUCCUUCAUUCAAACAAAAGAUUGGUUUACACUAGCAAAACAAAGUCAGGAAACUGUAUGUACCUUUUCAUUACCCUGUUGUAUAACCCACAGCACAAUUGAAUCUCCAGCGAUUUCGACCAUUACUGAGAGUUUUAUCUUUGAUGAUGGAGUUCACCCCAGGACCAAAAAAAGCCUCUCUAAAAUCACUGAAUUUGAAGAAGAGGAGGAAGGGUCUGUAUCUCUAAAAGAUACUCCCUCUCAUGCUCUUCUGAGAGUAUACCUUGAGAAGCAACGGGGUUCGGCUAAUGAAAAGUUGACAUUGCACUUCUCCACGUGUGAAGAAUUUUUAAACUUGUUUAUAAACUCUGUUUUAAGAGCAGCCACUCAGCAAAUUACUGGCCAGCCUCUCACAGAAAGCCCAGACUAUAUAGAUUUCGACAAAGUAGAUCAAGUGUCGUUUCCUGAUUGUUUCUAUCCUUUCUUUGGCAAGAAUGUUUUAGCUGAACCAGUUCAAACUGAAAAGGAAAAAAAGUCAGAAGAGAUAUUAUUAGAAAAAACAAGUUUAAGUUCAACGAGUGAGAGCACUGGACCUGAGAGCAGGGCUGACUGGUGUAUGUCUCACAGAACUUAUGACAUUGGCAAUAGAAAGGAGUUUGAAAGAUUUAAGAAAUUUAUGAAGGGCACAUUAGGGGAAAAGUAUUUGUGGCUAUGGAUGGAUAUUGAAAGGUUGAAAGUUCUAAAGGACCCUGGAAGACAUCAAAGACAUCUUGAGAAGAUGAAAAAAUGCUAUCUAGUGAGCAGCGGAGAUUGCUACCUUUCUGCAGAAAUCUUAUCAAAAUUUAAACUGUUAGAUGGAUCUCACUGGACUGAAGAACAUUUAAAAAAUAUUCAGUCUGAGGUUUUAAAACCUUUACUUCUGUAUUGGGCACCAAGAUUUUGUGUUACUCAUUCACCCUCAACAAAACAUGCUACAGCUGAACUGAAAUUCUGGCACCUCCGUCAAGAGAAACCAAGGAAAGAUAUUGAUCCUUUUCCACAAAUGGCAACCCUCUUGCCAUUAAGACCUAAAUCUUGCAUUCCGCAUAUAACUGAGGUCCAGAAAGAGGACUUCAGUUUAUUACAACUUCCUAAAUCUGCCAAGAAAUUACCUAGAGUAAAAACAGCAACUCAGAAGCCUUUGAAGAAUGAAUCUUUGUAUCUAGUUUCUUCAAAGGAUGACGGGAUUGAGAAAGGGUCAAUGCACAUAUCAGAAAGCAGCAAAGUUAUUCGUUUAACAUCUUUUACUGACAUUUCUGAAUGUCUGAAGCCCCAGCUGGAUACAAGAUUUGCUUAUACAGAAGAACCUAAGGUUAAAACCAUAGCAAAUAUUGAUGCCCUAGGAGGAUACGACAUGGAAAAUUUGUUGCAAUCUUUGUAUGUAGAAAACAGAGCUGGAUUUUUCUUUACUAAAUUCUGCGAGGAUUCAGGAAACAAGUUGUGGAAGAACUGUGUGUACUUUUGGUUUGACCUACAAGCUUAUCAUCAGCUUUUCUACCAAGAAACACUUCAGCCUUUUAAAGUAUGCAAGCAAGCACAAUAUAUUUUUGCCACUUAUGUUGCUCCAUCGGCCACUCUUGACAUUGGACUCCAGCAGGAAAAGAAGAGAGACAUUUACAAGAAAAUACAACCACCAUUUGAAGACCUCUUUGACACAGCAGAAGAGUACAUCCUCCUCCUCCUUCUGGAGCCCUGGACCAAGAUGAUGAGGUCAGACCAAGCUACUUACAGAGAGGUGGAACUGGUGGAAGAAACUCGGCAGCUAGACUCUUCAUGCUUCCGAAAGCUACGGGCUUUGCAUAAAGAGACCCUUCACAAGAAAGAUGAGGGCACCACUGGUGAAACUGGAACUAGUGUUUUAUCACUCUCUAAUGUCUAUAAAGAAACAGAAUAUUGGAAUAAUGUUCCUGAAGAAUACAAGCAUUUUCGUUUUAAUGAUCUGCUGAACAACAAACUGGAGUUUGAACAUUUUCGUCAGUUUCUUGAGGCUCAUUCUUCAAGCAUGGAUCUUAUGUGCUGGAUAGACAUUGAGCAGUUCCGAAGAAUAACUUACAGUGAUCUAAAUCAAAGGGAGACAAAAUCUGUAUACAUUAAAAAGAAAUACCUUAAUAAAAAGUAUUUCUUUGGACCCAACAGCCCAGCUACUCCAUAUCAGCAAAACCAGAUAAUGCAUUUAAGUGGUGGCUGGGGGAAGAUUCUCCAUGAGCAGCUUGAUGCGUCUAUUCUAAUUGAAAUUCAGAAGCAUGUCCUAAACAGGCUAGAAAAUGUGUGGUUGCCAUUGUUCCUUGCAAGUGAGCAGUUUGCAGCCCGUCAAAAGAUUAAGGUACAGAUGAAAGACAUAGCAGAUGAGCUUUUACUACAGAAGCAUGAAAGGAAAAUCGGGAUCUGGAAGCCAGUGGAGAGUAAAUGGAUAUCUUCAUGGAGUGAUAUUAUUGCUUUUCGUAAAGCAUUGUUGAAUCCAGUUAUUGCAAGACAGUUCCAACGUUUUGUGGCUCUAAAGGGAGAUUUACUAGAAAAUGGGGUGCUCUUUUGGCAAGAAGUACAAAAAUAUAAGGACUUGUGCCAUUCCCAUUGUGAUGAGACUGUCAUCCAGAAAAAGAUCACAACUAUCAUCAACUGCUUCAUUAAUUCUUACAUUCCACCAGCUUUGCAAAUUGACAUUCCAGUAGAGCAAGCCCAGAAGAUCAUUGAACACAGGAAGGAGUUAGGACCAUAUAUAUUUAGAGAGGCACAGAUGACAAUUUUUGGGGUUCUGUUUAAAUUUUGGCCACAAUUCUGUGAGUUUAGGAAGAAUUUAACUGAUGAAAAAAUUAUGAGUGUGUUAGAGAGAAGACAAGAAUAUAAUAAGAAAAUAAAAUCCUCAAGCACAGAUGWCGAAAAAUUGGGAAAGCUUGGAAUCAAACAAUAUGGAAGUACUACAGGGUCUGCUACCAAAAGCGCCUUAGUCACUGAACCCCUCCAAGGCCUGCAAGCAUAUGGCCGGCAGCCAACCUGGUGCUACUCAAAGUAUAUAGAAGCCUUAGAACAGGAAAGAGUUCUUCUUAAAAUCCAAGAGGAACUGGAAAGAAAGAUGCUUGCAGGUACAUCAUCACUAAGUAAUUUAUUUAGGCCUUCUGGUUCAGUCAUGUCUUUGAAGAAGACUUUGUCUACCAUCAGCCUCCUGAGCUGCUGUUCCCAACAUCCCACUUUGAUUCCUCUUAGUACUGUGUCAGACCACAGCCCAGUUGUAUUAGAGAAAAGGAGAGGUGCUCAGAGACUAAACAAAACAUCAGGAGAUGGUGUGCAAGAAAAAAGGUUUAUUGGAAAAUGCUUACAGGGAGGUCCAGUGACAACAGGAUGGACAGACAGCACCUCUGUCCCUCUGGUGCUUUGCCAGAAAACAGUGCCUUCAUCCCUCCUGGUAUCUUUGUCCAGUAGUGACCAACUGGACAAGUAG